AUGGAAAUACAUGUCGAUACCCCACGUCCCCGUGUCAAAGUACCCUCCGUCAUUGAAAUUAAGAAUAAAAUUCGCCUGGGCCACGGUGAAUGCUGCAACUGCUGCUGCUGUAAAGCUCCUGUAUUGGCAGUCUACAAAUAUGUUCAGCCUGAAAUUCCAAAAUCCUUCCGUCCAAUUAGGACUUUUCAAAGAACGGAUAUUCCACUGGAAGACACCACGACCUACAGAAUGUCGUUCUGGCCUGGGCCGAGAUCAGUUAGGAAGCCACUUAUACGUUACGGAUGCCUAGCAACUGCCGAGGGCAAGAUCACAUCCGACACAACCCAUAAACUAAGCUACCUGGGCAACUGGUGCAUAAAGCCGCAAGAGAAAAUUUUGCCGUGUAAGAGGAGCCUCUUCGGUCGCGGACCCAUCGAAAAUCAAACAACCCAGAAGGAGGAUUUCGUAUGGAAGUACAGCCUGAAAGAAAAGCCGAUGAAGUAUAGUGGAAAUUUGCGUAUGCCGAGGGGUCACAUCGAAGAUAACACGACGUACAAGUCGAGCUACUUCGAGUCAACGUGUAACGAGCCAGUUAAGUCAUUCAAGCCCAUCAGGCUUUACGAGAAGACCGAGGUGCCGCUGGACGACUACACGACCUAUAAGCUCAGCUUUUUUAACAACGACACCGUCCAUCGCGAGGAGCAUCCCUGGCAGAAGAAGCCGAUGUACGUGAAGCCAAGUACGCGUGUCGACAACUGCACGACGUAUAAGCUGAGCUAUUGGCCGCAGUGCGAGCCGCGGGUGAAACCGAUUCUCCAACAGAGCGACGACAAUCCGCUGAACAAGAGGAACUUCUCCUUCGAGGGCGAGACGACGUAUGGGCUGAGCUACUUUGGCGGCGAUGGUGACAAGCCCAAGCCCAUCUACCCGGUGCCCAAUGAGAUAUUCGUUAACCAAUCCACCGACCACGAUACUGUCAACAAAAUGAGCUACCUGGGUAACUGGUGCCCGAGCCCGGUGAAGCCGAUCGUGCCGUGCGUCAGGAAGCUACUGGGACGCGGACCGAUCGAGAAGGAAACAACGCAAAAGUGCGACUUCCCGUGGAAAUUCCAGGAGCCGAACGCCAGUAUCCGUCCCGUGGGUAACCUCGGCUUCUCCUCGACGCCUCUCGAAAACUGCACGACGAAUCGCCUCUCUUAUUUGCCAAACUCCGGCGACUGCUUGAUACCGAAAAAGUCAUUUGCGCCAAUUCGAACGUACGAUCCCUUGGACUUACCAAUGGAUUUGGAUACGACGAUGCAACUGAGCUAUCAACCAGUGGAGCAACCGGAAAAAGUAGAUAAACCAUGGGCUGCCAAAGUGCCUUAUUACAAGCCAGCUACGAACGUGGAUGAUAACACUACCUAUACCAUGAGUUACAUACCACCCGGCACUUUGCAUCCGUGUGGCCCAGAAUCUUCAAAUUUAGAUUCUUACGCUGUUUCGAUAUGUCCAUCAAAAACACUUCCCUACAUACCAUACUAA